CACACGUCUGGGCACUGUGAAGAAAUUGGAGAAAUUGGAGAAAUAGAGGGAGGGUCAGGCCGCUUGUUCGCACUUUUAAACACGGACUGUUUCGAAGUGUUUCGCCGCUUUGCCUGUUUAUGCAUGGGCACAGUAUACAUUUUGGUUAGAGUUUUGGUUGCUUGUGGACCUUCCCCGUGGUGAGCGGGUCAUGCUGUCCUGGCGAAGGUAAUGAGCCGCAAAGCCCUCGGGUCUCGGCUUAGCAGCGCCCAUAAACUGCACCGGAACUGGAAUGAUUGGCAGACCAGAGGCGACAGCGUGCCAGCCAGCCAGGAAGGUGUGAAGUGUAGUGUCUCCAGAGACCACGGUUUAGCAGCUCUCUACGCCACUCCACCCUCUGAUCAGCCUGCCACCGCACCACUGCACAAUGCUGUCUUCACUCCCUCCACUGUGCUGGAAGAAGGAGGUGGAUAUGAUGCUGACGGAGGCCUCGGGGAAAAUACUUUUGGUUGGAAGUCGUUGGGGCAAGAGUUGAGGAUCAAUAAUGUGACCACUGAUUUGACCAGUUUUCAGCAUGGAAACCGUGCUUUAGCUACAAAGGACAUGAGGAAAUCACAGGACCGACCGCAGGCUCAUUCUGAUGAGUCUCGGCUCGCCAAUCUUCUGCGGAGGGUGUCUCGGGAGGAUGACCGGGACCGUAGGUUGACCACCAUGAAACAAAUGAGGGAACUUAUUGUGCACUCAGAAAACAAGGUGGUCCUGGUGAAACAGUUGGAUACCAUUUUGAGCACCCUGAAUGACAUUUUAAACGAAAGCAGUAAACUCCUCCUGGAGCUCCGGCAGGAAGCCGCGUGCUCCCUGGGUCUGCUGUGCGUUGCCCUCAGCUACGAGGCCGAGAAGAUCUUCAAGUGGAUGUUUGGCAAGUUCAGUGCCUGCGCCAAGGACGAGGUGAAGCUGCUCUACCUUGUGGCAGUGUACAAGGCGCUGGAGACGGCCGGGGAGAAGAAGGCCUUCUCGCCCGUUAUGCAGCUGGUGAUGAGCAGCCUGCAGUCCAUCCUGGAGAAUCUGGACACCCCGGAGCUGCUGUGUCAGAGUGUGAAGUGCAUUCUGCUGGUGGCUCACUGCUACCCACACAUCUUCAGCACCAACUUCAGAGACACUGUGGACAUUCUUGUGGGUUGGCAUAUAGAUCACACUCAGAAGCAGUCUCUGACUCUACAGGUGUCUGGUUGGCUGCAGAGCCUGGAGCAGUUUUGGGUGGCGGACUUGGCUUUCUCUACCACUCUUCUGGGGCAGUUUCUGGAAGACAUGGAAGCCUAUGCAGAGGACCUGAGUCAGGUGGUAUCGGGGGAGGUGGUGGACGAGGAUGUGCCGCCGCCCACCGUGUCUCUACCCAAGCUGGCGGCGCUCCUGAGGGUCUUCAGCACGGUGGUGCGAAGCAUUGGGGAACGCUUCAAUCCCAUCCGCGGCCCUCCCAUCACGGAGGCCUACGUCACCGAUGUCUUGAACCGCGUGUUGGCGUGCGUCAAGGCGGCCAAGCAGGUGUUCUUCUCGGAGGCCGUGCUGACAGCGGGGAACGAGUGCGUGUGCGUACUGCUGAUGAGCGUGGACCCCAACAGUCUGCUGGCUGGCGCGGUGAUCUCCUACGGCUUGGACCAGCUGGACAGCUGCCGAUCCUGCAGCCCGGAGUAUAGCGUGGCAGUCCUCAACCUGCUCACGCUGAUUGUUGAGCAGAUAAACACCAAGCUCCCUGCUACGUUUGUGGAAAAGCUCCUGGCCCCGACGUCCCAGCUUCUGGAGCUGCGCUUCCACCGGGAGCGAGAGGUGAUGGUGGCGGCCCACGCCGUGUAUCAGGCCCUGCUGAGUCUGAAGAACAUCCCCAUCCUGGAGGCGGCGUAUAAGCUGGUUCUGGGCGAGAUGGGUUGUGCCCUCAACAGCCUGCGGGACCUUCUGGGCCUGCCAGCCGUCUGUCCUCACAUCCAGCACCCGGCCUUCGCCUCCCUGAGCCUCAGCCCCGAGAGAGCCGAGUUCACCCUCAUCUUCAACCUCAGCGCCCUCACGACCAUCGGCAACACCAAGAACUCCCUCAUCGGGAUGUGGGCUCUGUCUCCCACCGUGUUUGCUCUGCUCAGUCAGAACCUGCUGGUGGUUCACAAUGAGCUGGCCGUUCACCACCCUGCCAUCCAGUAUGCUGUUCUCUACACCCUCUACUCCCACUGUACCAGACACGACCACUUCAUCUCCAGCAGCUUGAGCUCCUCAUCGCCCUCUCUGUUCGACGGGGCUGUCAUCAGCACGGUUACCACAGCAACCAAGAAGCAUUUCGGCACGCUGCUCAGUCUGCUGGGAAUGCUGCUGAGUAAAGAUCACCUGAACUCGGAGGCCAGGAGGCUGCUGCUCACCUGGUCUCUGGAGGUCUCUCUGCUGCUGUUGAAGUCUGAAACAUACUCUCCACUUCUCUCCUUGUCCUCCUUUCACAGGUUCUGUAAAGGACUUCUGGCAAAUGCAUUAAAUGAAGAACCCAGCGUGUGCCUACACACUUGCAGCAGCCUGCAAGUUCUCUGCUCUUCCCUGCCAACGGACCUGCUGCAAAGGUGUGUGGACGUGUGCAGAGUUCAGCUGGUUCACUCGGCUCUUCGAGUCCGGCAGGCCUUUGGCAGGCUGCUGAGGUCCGUCCCGCUGCACGUGGCUCUGAGCACGAACUGCAGUCCCACUGAGAUCCACCAGAUCUCUCUGGCUAUCCAUCGCCACAUGAGCAAAGCGCCCAGCAACACCUUCCACCCCCAGGACUUCUCUGACCUCAUCAGCUUCAUCCUGUACGGGACGGUUCAUCGCAGCGGGAAGGAGCCAUGGCUGGAGAGGCUGUACCACAGCUGUCAGCGGCUGGAGAAGCGCGAGGGCGGGGCUGUGUCUCGCGCCCUGGAGAAGCGUGAGGGCGGGGCGGUGUCCCACGCCCUGCUGAAGACGGAGGCCGUACUCUGGCAGUGGGCGGUGUGGGAGGCAGCCCAGUUCACUGUGCUCUCCAAACUGCGCACUCCUCUGGGACGAGCACAAGACACCUUUCAGACCAUCGAAGGCAUGAUCCGCAGCCUGGCGGCCCACGGGCUGAACAGCGAGCAGGAGCUGGGCCAGUGGAGUGGGGGCGAGAGUGACGAGGGCCACCACACCAACCAGCUGCGCCUGGCCCUACUGCUGCAGUUCCUGGAGGACCUGGAGAAGCUCAUGUACAACGCCUACGAAGGCUGCGCCAAUGCGCUCACUGCGCCACCCAAGGGCAUCAGGACGUUUUUCUACACCAAUCGUCAAACAUGCCAGGACUGGCUGACCAGGAUCCGUAUGGCGCUGAUGAGGGUGGGGCUUCUGUCCGGCCAGCCGGCUGUCACGGUCCGCCAUGGCUUCGAUCUGCUGGCAGAGAUCAAGAACAGCAAUGCGCAGGGUCCUGAGCUGGAGGUCCCUGUCACCAUGCUGGUGGAGGCUCUGUGUGAGCUGCGCUGUCCCGAGGCCAUCCAGGGCCUGGCUGCCUGGAGCCUGGCUAAUAUGGGCAAGAGUCUGGCCUGGGUGGGCUCCGUGGGACUCCAGGCAGAGGGCCGGUUUGAGAAGGCUGCGCUGGAGUAUCAGGAGCAGUUGUGUGCUGUCACAGGGGUGGACUGCUCCAUCAAAGGCUUUGAUGGGUCUUUACUGAAGCUCACCAACCCCAGCCCAGGAAACGGCACCAGCCCCAAGCACACAUGCAGUGGAGACGGCAGGAAGACUGUGCUGCUGAAGUCAAGUGAGUGUUCACCGGAGGUACUCAACUUCCUGGCCAACAAGGCAUGCGAUUGCUAUGUGGCCCUGGGCGACUGGUCCUCCGUGCAGGAGUGGCAGGCCAGUAUGCAGACCCUCAAAAAGAACAGCAGCACCUCCUCCGCCCUCAGCCUCAAGACAGACUUCAACUACAUCAAGGCUCUGAGCAGGUUUGAGGAUGGCGAUUUCCCCGAAUGCCGUGCUCAGCUGGAGCUUCUACCUGGAGAAGACUACGGCCUCCGCAACUCCACCACAAAGGACAAGCUAGACCUGAAGAGACUCUUACCUGCUGUCCUGAGCCCUGAUCCAUCGGAACUGCAGAAGGCCAUUGAGGUGCAGCUGCUGAGGGGGGCCGUGGGAGCCAUCAUGUCCGCCAGCCACGAGCCGGACCAGAAAGCCCAGCCUUCAUCGGAGACUCUGAUGAAGUACCUGAAGCAGACAGGACGUAUUGCCCUGGGCCCUCUGCGCCUGUCCACGCUGACGCUGGCUGACACGUUGCCCACCCUCAACACCUUGCAGCUCUACUGUGCCAGCGCCCUGGAGACCUCGGUCUGCGGCCAGCAGCCCCCGGAGGACUGCCUGAUACCUCUCUUCAGUGAAGCUUUGACCACCUGUAAACAGCAGGACGUCCAGCCCUGGCUGCAUGCUCUCCGCUACACCAUCUUCCAGAGGGAGCUCUUCAAGCUCAGAGGUUCCUCAGGCACUGUGGACUCCCACUUGAUGGAGCUAUGUCUGACAGCGGUCAAGUUUGCCCGUAAGCAGGGCAACAUCGCCCUGGCAUCCCGACUGCUGGCCCAGUGCAGCAAACCCACAGUCGACGACUUGGAGACUUCUGACCUGGCACACAGCUUCAGGCAGCUGUCGCUAGAGGGCGCUGUGGGCGAGGAAUGGGGACCAGAGUUGAAGAUGGAGAGGGCUAAAGUUCUGUUCGCUGCAGGGCAAUCGAUGGCCGCCAUGGAGACGCUGAGCUCGUGUGCGCUGGCGUACUGCCGCUCAGGGAAGUGCGAGCGGGCCGCGUCCCGCUCCGUGCUCACGCUCUGCAAGUGGCUGCUCGCUGACUGGAAAGAGCUCACGCCGCAGCUGAAGCAGGCGGUGAAGAAGAACACAGGCUCCGCCCCUGCCCCUGGCUCCGCCCUCUCCGCUCUCAGCAAGAACGUCGCCGGCCUGCUGGAGCUGCCGGUGGAGGAGCAGGGUCUGCCUCCCAUCACCACAGAGACCACAGUAAGUGUAGGUGUUGGGGAGGCGGACUUUGUCCUGGGCCAGCUGUACCAGCUGUCUGCUAGCCAGGCCCCUGAGGUAGCCAAAGCCUGGGCUGCGCUAGCCAGCUGGACCUAUAGAUGGGGUCGGAAGGUUGUGGACAACGCCAGUCAAGGUGAAGGGGUUCCUCUGCUCCUGGGGGAGAAGAAGGAGGUCGAGGAGUUGCUUCCAUCUGGCACCAGUGAGGAGGAGAAGGAGACCAUCUUCAGCAUUCUGGGCCAGGCCAUGUGUCGCCCAGCUGGGAUCCAGGACGAGGACAUGGCCUUGCAGAACGAAGAGGACGAGGAAGACGACAUGGUGGACGUGAUCUGGAGGCAGCUGCUGGGCUCGUGUGCAUGGCUGGCGGAGGCCGAGGACGGCGUGAUGGAGGGGCUGAUCAGGGUGUGGAGGCGGGUGGUGGACCGCGUCUUCAGCCUCUACCGCGUCUCCUGCAGGGCCUACUUUACCUUCCUCAAGCUCAACGCUGGGCAGGUGCCCGUCAACGAGGACGACCCCAAGCUGCUGCUUAACAGCCAGGGCCGCAAGCAGAGCAGCGAUGACGUGAUCGUCAUGGCGACGCUGCGCCUCCUGCGCCUGCUGGUGAAGCAUGCCGGCGAACUGAGGGAGGGGCUGGAGCUCGGCCUGGCGGCCACGCCCACUGCCCCCUGGAGAGGCAUCAUCCCCCAGCUGUUCUCCAGGCUCAACCACCCGGAGGGAUACAUCCGCCAGAGUAUCUGCAGCCUGCUGUGCCGUGUGGCCCAGGACUCGCCCCACCUCAUCCUCUACCCUGCUAUUGUAGGCUCCAUCUCCCUCGGGGGAGAAGCCCAGGCUGCAGGCAGCAAGCUGCCGUCAGCUCUGCCCACCCUGCUGGGUACCAUGCAAGAUGAGGCGCUCUGUGGGACUGGCAGCCAGCCAGGCAGCGCGCCUGCCUCCCAGGAGAGUGGCCGUGCAGAGGAACUGGGUCCCUGCUCCAGCGAGGAUCAGGCCAUGAUGCAGGACUGCUACAGCAAGAUCGUGGACACGCUGUCCUCCGGCAACCCCACCAUGGUGCUGCAGGUGCAGGUACUGGUGGGGGAGCUGCGGCGCGUCACUCUCCUGUGGGACGAGCUCUGGCUGGGGGUCUUGCAGCAACAGCACAUGCACGUCCUGCGCAGGAUCCAACAGCUCGAGGACGAAGUCAAAAGGGUGCAGAACAACAACACACUGCGCAAGGAGGAGAAGGUUGCCAUCAUGCGGGAGAAGCAUUCCGCCCUCAUGCGGCCGGUGGUGUUCGCCCUGGACCACGUGCGCACAAUCACGGCCGCCGCUGCGGAAACGCCACACGAGACCUGGUUCCAGGAGACAUAUGGGGAGGCCAUCCGUAGCGCGCUGGAGAGGCUGAGGAGUCCGCUCAACCCGGCCAACCCUGCCAGCAGCUGGGUGCCUUUCAAACAGAUCAUGUUGAGUCUGCAGCAGCGAGCGCAGAAGCGUGCCAGCUACCUCCUGCGGCUGGACGAGAUCAGCCCACGUCUGGCCUCCAUGAGCAGCACAGAGAUGGCACUCCCGGGGGAGGUGUCAGUCACCGAUGCCAUCACCAUCCAGAACGUGGGCAACACAAUCACCAUCCUACCCACCAAGACCAAGCCCAAAAAGCUCUAUUUCCUUGGGUCUGAUGGCCGGAACUACCCUUACCUGUUCAAAGGCUUGGAGGACCUACACUUGGACGAGAGAAUCAUGCAGUUUCUCUCCAUUGUCAACACCAUGUUCACCAAGGUGAACCAGCAGGAGAGUCCGCGCUUCCACGCGCGCCACUACUCCGUGACGCCACUGGGCACGCGCUCCGGCCUCAUCCAGUGGGUGGAUGGUGCCACGCCCCUGUUUGGCCUCUACAAGCGUUGGCAGCAGCGUGAGGCUGCGCUGCAGACGCAGAAGGCCCAGGACUCCUUUCAGCAGCCCCAGAACCUGCCUGUGGUGCCCCGCCCCAGCGAGCUCUACUACAGCAAGAUUGGCCCGGCGCUGAAAGGGGUGGGGCUCAGCCUGGACGUGUCUCGCCGCGACUGGCCGCUCAGCGUCAUGAGAGAUGUGCUGCGUGAGCUGAUGGAGGCCACGCCCCCCAACCUGCUGGCAAAGGAGCUUUGGUGCUCGUGCACAACACCCAGCGAGUGGUGGAGGGUCACUCAGUCGUACGCGAGGUCGACAGCUGUGAUGUCAAUGGUGGGCUACAUCAUCGGAUUAGGCGAUCGUCACCUGGACAACGUGCUGAUCGACAUGACGACAGGCGAAGUGGUGCACAUAGACUACAAUGUCUGCUUCGAAAAAGGGAAAAGCCUCAGGGUUCCAGAGAAGGUUCCCUUCCGUAUGACACACAACAUCGAGACAGCUUUAGGAGUCACAGGAGUGGAGGGAAUCUUCAGACUGUCCUGCGAACAGGUGGUCCAGAUGAUGCGCCGUGGCCGGGAGACCCUGCUCACCCUGCUGGAGGCCUUCGUGUACGACCCCCUGGUGGACUGGACGGCCGGGGGCGAGGUGGGCUUUGCCGGGGCCGUGUACGGAGGGGGUGGCCAGCAGGCGGAGAGCAAGCAGAGCAAGCGGGAGAUGGAGCGGGACAUCACGCGCAGCCUCUUCUCCUCCCGCGUGGCCGAGAUCAAGGUGAACUGGUUUAAGAACCGCGAUGAGAUGCUGGCGGUUGUGCCACAGCUGGAGCUGGCUGUGGAGGAGUACCUGACUCUGCAGGAGCAGCUCAGCCAGGUGGAGAAGGCGCAAGGCAAGCUGACAGAGGAGAUGGAGUUCCUGGAGGGUGCGGAAGGCCGGGCCGACCACCCCGUCCACACGCUGGAGCACAGGUACUCGGAGCACACCCAGCUGCAGUCGAGGCAGAGGACCGUCCAGGACGCCAUCCAGAGCAAGCUGUCUGACCUGGACCAGUGGAUCUCUCAAUACCAAGCUGCCUUCACCAGCCUGGAGGCUACCCAGCUUGCCAGCCUGCUACAGGAGAUCAGCAGUCCCAUAGAUUUAGGGCCGCCCAGCUACGUCCCGGCGACGGCCUUCCUCCAGAACGCGGGCCAGUCACACCUGAUCAGCCAGUGUGAGGCGCUGGAGGCGGAGGUGAGCGGUCUGCUACAGCAGCGGCGCUCGCUGCUCCGCGGCUGCCUGGAGCACCUGCACAGCUACGCCACGGUGGCUCUGCUGUACCCGCGCGCCGUGCUCCACCGACACCGCACGUACGCCUGGAAGCAGUGGAUGGAGGAGCUGGUGCGCGACAUGACGGCCGAGCGAUGCCAGGCUGUCUAUCACCACUACGAGAUGCAGUUCGCCCCCCAGCCGCCGGCCGCCAGCGUGCAGUUCCUGUCCAGCGUGGAGAUGGCCCUGCAACACCACGUGGCCGAGACCAACACGCGCCUCCUGCGGCAGGCGGAGCGGCUGAAGGCAGAGGGCGCCAGCGUGCCCGUGUGCGAGGAGCAGCUACAGGAGAUCGAGCGCUGCAUCAAGGUCUUCCUGCACGAGGACGUCGAACUCGCCUCCUUCAGCCUGGCUGGGAUCAUCGUCUCCGCACUCUGCGCCCUGACCAGGCGGAACCUGGUGAUGGAGGGCGCGGCGGCGAGUGCGGGCGAGCAGCUGGUGGAGCUGACGUCGCGCGACGGCUCCUGGUUCCUGGAGGAGCUGUGCAGCAUGAGCGGCAACGUCACGUGCCUGGUGCAGCUGCUGAAGGAAUGCCGGCUCCAGUCCUGCGACCUGGACGUGUUGGGCCCCGCCCACACCUCGCAGGCCGUCUACCUGGCCAACGGCGUCUACACCUGUCUGCAGGAGCUCAACACCAACUUUCGUCAGAUCAUCUUCCCGGAGGCUCUGCGCUGCAUGCUGAAAGGCGAGAGCACUCUGGAGACCAUGCUAGCCGAGUUGGACUCCCUCAUCGAGCAGUGCGCCGACGGGGUUUCCCUGCAGGGGCUGGGCGAGGCCCUGCAGACUCACCUCCGGAACGCAGCCAUGGGGCUGGACGAAGACACAGACGCACACUACUUGGAGGUCACCAGGGUGUUGCGUGUCCAGUACUCUGAGCUGAUCCAGCCACGGACCCUGGAGGGCGCAGUACAGGACACUCCGAAAAUGAGUGCAGGCCAGAUGCUGCUGGUGGCAUUUGACGGGAUGUUCGCCCAGCUGGAGACUGCAUUCGGGCUGCUGGUUGAGAAGCUGAACUCCAUGGAUGUGCCAGCCGCCUGGAGGAAGGUGGACGUUAUCCGCGAGGCGCGGGCCACGCAGGUCCACUUCUUCGACCGUGUGCAGACCCGGCAGGUCCUGGAGGAGAUCUUCUUCCUGAAGAGGCUCCAGACCAUCCGCGACUUCUUCCGCCUGUGCGCCUCCUUCGCGCAGACGCUGUCUGGCUCAUGUCCCGCUCCCGCCGACGACCCGCCGCCGUCCAACGGCCCCGUCCCCCUAGCCAAGGCCGGGUAUCGCGGCUCGACCGUGGUCAGCGAGGACCAGAUGACGCGGCCGAUCAAGGCCUUCACGGCGGACUUCGUGAGGCAGAUGCUGAUGGGGCUGCCCACGCAGGCCCUGGGCCUGGCCCUGUGCAGCGCCCUCAGCGCCCUCGGAGCCGACCUCGUCGCCCAGGUCGAGGCCAAGGACUUCGGCGCCGAGGGCAAAGUCUCGCUGGACGACCUGUGCAAGAAGGCGGUGGAGCAGGGAGUCCAGGCAGGCCGCCUGUCCCAGCUGCUGCUGAACAGGGCCACCGUGCUGGCCAGCUCCUACGACACGGCCUGGAAGAAGCUGGACCUUGUGCGCCGCCUAGAGGUCAGCGUAGAUGCCUGCAAGGUCAGCCUGCAGAGGGCCCAGCUGCACAUCGCCAUGUUCCAGUGGCAACAUGAGGACAUCCUGGGCUCGCGGCCGCAGCCCAUGACCGUCAGCCCUCCUCCCCGCUCCGUGAUCCUCAGCAACAUGAAGAAGAAGCUCUACAAGCUGAGCCAGGACGAAGCGGCCAUCGCCGGCGUUCAGGAGAAGCUGGCGUCACUAGAGGGCAGCAUAGAGCAGAGGCUCAAGUGGGCAGGCGGCGCCAACCCGGCGCUGGCGCCCGUGCUGCAAGACUUCGAGGGCACCAUCACCGAGCGCCGCGCCCUGGUGGCGAAGGAGAGCCAGCGCACCAGCCAGGUCACGCUCCUCUGCAGCACGGUGCUGAACUUCGAGGGGCUCCGCACACGCACGACCGAGGCUCUGAACAUGGACUCCGCCCUCUUCGACUUGGUGAAGCGCUGCCAGGCCACCUGCUCCUACGCCGCCCAGUUUAGCACCUCCGUCUCCCCACUGGAGCUGCAGCUGCUUCACAGGCUGAACCCAGCGAUGGAGCUGUCUGUGGGUGGCCCCGAGUGGCUGGGUUGUGCUCAGAAGCACCUGUCUCAGGAGAUGGCCAGUCAGCACAGCCUGCAGGAGGACCGCGAGCAGCAGCUGGAUAGCGUGAUGGAGACCCUGCAGCUCCUGGUGGACACCAUCAAGGGCAUCCUGUCCAAUCACAACCGCCAGCUGGCUGACGUCAAGCACCUGCUCCGCGCCAUGGCUAAGGACGAGGAGAACGCCCUCGCCGAAGGAGAGGAAGUGACCUACCAAGGGAGCGUGCGCCAGUUCCUGUCUGAGUACAAGGAGUGGCAGGACAACGUGCAGAUUGUGCUGUUCACUGUUGUGCAGGCCACUGGCCAGGCCCGCGGCUUGGAGCAGGUGGAGAUCCUGCAGGAGAUCCCAGCCACGCUCACGGAGCUCAAAGCCCAGAGCCAGAGCAUCUACAACGGGUUGGUGGCUUUUGCUUCACCGCUCGUUACCGAAAGAGGAAGUGAUGGCGCGAGUCCCACGUCAACGGUGCAGACGAGCUUCGCGGCAGCGGUGCGUUGCGGUGCCGUGAAGACCCAGCCCGACAGUAUGUCUCAGAACGCCCGCAAAGCCCUUCCUCGGAACUUUGGGACCCCUGCGGACACGCCGCCCAGCACCCUGCUUCCUGCCACCAAAGGCCUGGCCCCAAGCCCCAAAAGAGCCGUCAGGGACCCGAAAACUGGCAGGGCUGUACAAGAGAGAAACUCUUACGCUGUGAGUGUUUGGAAGAGAGUGAAGGCGAAACUGGAAGGGAGAGAUGUGGACCCUAACCGGAGGAUGAGCGUCACUGAGCAGGUGGAUUAUGUCAUCAAGGAGGCCAUGAACCUGGACAACCUGGCUCAGCUCUACGAAGGCUGGACAGCGUGGGUGUGAAAGGGAUCCGUGCAGAUCACUUCGGUCCAGCGAGGGUAGAAAUCCACCAGAAUCCACUGGGUCUGGGGCGAUGGAGUCACAGAGCUCCACGCGGGAAAGGGAGGGGUGUAGAGGCCCCCCCCGCACGCCCACACGGGAUCUCCGUAGCCCGGCUGCACCCGGCGAUCCAGCAACCACCACCGAUAUGGGUCUGCAUCUGUCUCCCUGAGACGUGUGGGGAGCGUACCAAGAUGGGGAGGGGGGUGGGGGUU